AUGAUGAUGUCAGACACUUACUCAUUGAACCUUGAGACCGGCCUGACUACAAACGUCAACUACCUCCUAAACAACAGCUACAACAAUGACGUCAUCAGCAACAACGACAUCAUCAACGACUACACCACAGCAUUUAACAACAGAAGCAACUUCAACAACGACACCGACAUUUCCAUCACCAACAACAGCACCAACGAAAAACUCCUCUCAAACUUCUGUCUAAAUUUUCGGUUUGUGGUGAAUGCCUGGGUUAUAGGCCCACUAUGUUUGAUAGGCGUCAUCGGCAACACGGUCUCGCUGAUCAUUCUGCGACUUGACAGGCAGAACAAAACUGCCUCCAUGCUCCUGCAGACGCUCGCACUCGUUGACAACCUCACACUCAUCAUGUCAUUCAUCCUUCUAUCAACCAUCUACUCCGGGUGA